UGGGCUAUUUUCCUUGGAGCAUUGGAGGCUGUGGAGUGACCUUUAUAGAGGCUUAAAAUUAUGAGGGGCAUGGUCAUGAUAAAGCGUCAAGGUCAUUUCACAAGGGUGGGGGGAGUCCAAAACGUGAGGGUUAAGGUGAGAACUGAAAAAUUUUAAAAGGGACCCAAGGGGCAACUUUUUAAUGCAGUGGAUGAUGCUUGUAUGAAAUGAGCUGCCAGAGGAAGUGGAGGAGGCUGGUACAAUUUACAACAUUUAAAACGCAUCUGCAUGGGUAUAUGAAUAGGAACGAUUUUGAGACAUGGGGCUAGAUUUUAUUUAGAAUGUCUGUCUGGUUGGUAUAGCUAAGUUGGACCAAAGGGUGGGUUUCCAUGCUGUACAGCUCCUGUGCCUAUGACAAUACCCCUUUUCCCUUGAAGGGUCCUCCUCCUGUGCUCUUACCAGGCUUUUGAUGUCAUGGAUAUCUUUUGAAGGUUGCAAAUACACCUUUCCUUUCAAAGGCUCCCUUAAUUAGGGUUAGGAGUAUGCCAAUUUCUGUUUAUGAAUAUUUGUACCUUGACUGCAGGUUGGUGGGGAAAUGAAAGUAAAAUUUAAUCUUUUCAUGGGUUAUCUGUGUGUGUAUGUGCAUUUACAUGAAGCAGCAAAUCUUUCCAUAUGUUCAGAUCAAUUAAAUUUGUGCAAAAUUAGCUGUUGUUAUGAACUUCAUUUGGCUCAUGGACUUGCGGCCAACCACUAACCAUGAUGCAUCUGAACUGAAAGGCUGUGUUGAUGUCUUAUCUGAAAUGUCUCAAAACAGAUUUUUAUACUUUUCUGAACCCCAAUCCUGAACAUAUUGCCAUGAUCACUGUCCGACCUUGCGUACAAUAUACUUUCAGCAGGGUUCACUGGAUGGUGCUGAGGAAUAACAGCAAUUCCCCAAAUUUCACUAAAAUUAUGAAUUACAAUUCCUAAUUACAUCUAAAGUAUAUUCAAGUGGAUAUAGAUUUUAUUCAGGAUAAACUGGGCAUUGACAAAUGGUGCUUUAGAGAGACUUUUAAUGAAAUAUAAACGUCACAGAAUUUGGUGAAUGUCAACUCUAAGCCUUUAUUGAAUGCCACAUUUGGUCAUCUUUAGUCAUUAAUGCUGUUACUUCUCUGCCUUGAACUUUGAUAUUAGGUUUUUCUCCUCCCUUUUUUUUUUUUGCUGACUUAUCAGAUUCCUGUUAUUUAGACCUUUGCACUGAGAUUAACAUUCAUUUAAUGCUGAAUAGUCUUGCUCUUGUUAUACUAAUUGAGACUGCUGCCUCCAAGCUUCAUUUAAUUAUGGCUCUGAAGUCUUGGAAUUGGCUGGUGGUAGCACUUUGUUUGUGUGAUCAUGGAUCUGCAACAAGAUUUCCUUCCCCCUGUGACAGCCACAUCUACUGUACUGGAAAGCUUCUACACAAAGUGCAGAUGGCGAAGCUCUUUGAUGAUGACAAACAUUUUGUGGAUAUGAAAUUGAAGAUGAAUCCAGGUGUCGUUUUGGCAGCUUUUCGAAACCUCACUUCCCCUAUUGCAGAGAUAACUAAGGAGCAACUGAAACUCUUUGUCAAAACAUACUUCGAUGCUCCUGGGCAGGAGUUUGAGAAAUGGACACCGGCUGACUGGUGUGAUCACCCCCAAAUCCUUCAGAAAAUUUCUGACCAGAAACUGCGCCUUUGGGCUACAGAACUACAUGCUCUCUGGAAGUCCUUGGGGAGGAAGAUUAAACUGGAUGUGCAGGCACACCCAGAACUGUAUUCCCAGGUUUAUGUGCCCAAACCAUUGAUAGUACCUGGUGGUCGUUUCAGGGAGUAUUAUUACUGGGACUCCUAUUGGAUAAUAAAAGGGCUUCUGCUGUCUGACAUGAGGGAAACUUCUAAAGGAAUGAUUGAAAAUUUUCUGUAUCUCAUGCAAAGAUUUGAAUUCAUCCCAAAUGGAGGGCGAAUUUACUAUGAACGCAGGAGUCAGCCACCCUUCCUGGUGUUGAUGAUGGAGAGUUACAUCAAUGUCACAAAUGAUCUAGACUUCUUAAAGCAAAGUAUUGAUCUCUUGGAUAAGGAGUAUGAAUUCUGGAUGAAGAAUCGAGUCAUGCCUGUCAGUGUAGGAAGCAAAACUCAUCGUCUGAAUCGGUAUAUUGUUGAAGCAGCUGGUCCCAGGCCAGAAUCCUACAGUAAGGAUGUUGAAUUGGCUCAGGCAGUCCCAGAAGAAGACCUGUGGAUAGAGCUAAAAACUGGAGCAGAGUCUGGUUGGGAUUUUUCAUCCCGCUGGUUCAUUGACCCCAAUGGGAAGAAUAAUGGAACUUUGAAAGACACAAAAACCACACAGAUCCUCCCUGUUGACCUGAACUCUGUCCUCUGCAAGAAUGAGCGAAUUCUAGCAAUGUUCCACAAGCUGCUGGGUAAUUUUUCUAAGGCACAGUACUAUGAGGAUGCCUUAAAGCAUCGCAUUGAUGCUGUACACGAUGUUUUCUGGGAUGAAACACAAGGCGUCUGGUUUGACUACAACUUAAUAACUAACCACAGCAACACUGCCUUCUAUGCUUCCAAUUUGGUUCCUCUCUGGGCUGAGUGUUUUGUUGAGCAGGAACCAGGAAAAAUAGCAGAGAGGGUGAUCCGUUACCUGGAGAACCAACAACUAUUGUCGUACAAGAAUGGAAUCCCAACAUCCCUGCUGCCAAGUGGUGAGCAGUGGGACUAUCCCAAUGCCUGGCCACCCCUGCAGCAAAUGAUCAUUGAAGGCCUGGCAAAGUCCAACUCUGAGGCAGGCCAGAGGAUUGCAUUCCAACAAGCACAGAAGUGGAUCCACUCAAACUGGCAACUGUAUGAGAAGCAUCAGGCUAUGUUUGAGAAGUAUGAUGUCAAUGGGGAUGGCAAUCCAGGUGGUGGUGGAGAAUAUGAUGUCCAGGUGGGAUUCGGAUGGACGAAUGGCGUGGCACUGCAGCUCUUGGAUGAGUAUGGAGACCAACUCACCUCAGGGGUCACUGGCCAGACAUGCCUCACUUUGUUUGCUGUGCUUCCAGCCAGUUUCUUACUCUCUCAGUUCUGAAAAAUUGUGACAACGUUGUCACUAAUUUGGAGCCUUCCGAUUCUGUCACCAAUCAGCAGCAUUUGCUGUCAGUCACUUGUCAUUCUAGGCAAAGGCAGAAACUGAAUAUAGGAAAGAAAAUGCUUAGUGAGUGAAGCGAAAGCGACAAAAGGAAUAUAUAAAGAAGUUUAUGGGGGGGAUGAGGGGCAACCAGAUCUUGAAAGAAUGUGUGUACUGGUAAAGCUGCUGCUGUUUCUCUUGAAACCACUUCCUCUAUUUCUUCUGAAGCUGUUCUUGACCUUAUGGGACUUAUGAUCCAUUAUACAUUAAUUAUAAACAGCAACAAAAAUUAACGAACUAUUCCUGAGAUUGUUAGUCAAAUGUUGUUGUUUAAUUCAUGACUCUGGUUAAAAGUACUCCAAACUGCUCACCAAAUACCCGAAGACUUCAAACUGCAGGAACCCUUGGAUACCUGAGGCUCACAUUUGGGAUUGCUGGGGAUAGUGAAAUGGGCUGCAGCAAUAUUUAGGUCUGUCUCUUUCUGAAUGGUACUAUUCCUAAUUGUAACCGCACUUGAGGGCGUGCAGAGGAGAUUCACCAAGAUGUUUCCUGGACUGGAACAGUACAGUGAAGAGAGUUUUUAAAUAGGCUGGGGUUAAUUUCCUUAGGGUGACAAAACUUGAGUUGAGGACUGGGGGGAACACACUUACAGGAGCAUAGGGAGAAAUUUGUCCAUAAUUGAGGGCCCAGUAAUUACUGGAUGUAGUCUUAAUGUGAAAAACAGGAGCCUUAGAGAGGAUCUGAGGAGAAAAGAAAGUUGUGGCAUUUGAGACGCGGUGCCUAAAAGGAUAGUGAACCUUCCAAUAUUUAGGAAGCAUUUAGAGGACCGCUUCAAACAGCAUAGCAUACCAAGUGCUUGAAAAUAGGAUUAGAAUAAAUAAGUGCUUAAUCAGUGUGGACAUGAUGGGCUGAAGAAUUUUUUCCAUGCAAUGAAAGCUCGAACUCUGUAAGGUAGUGUAUGUAUGCUGGGGGAGGAUGUGAAAUACUUUGUUUUGUUAAGUCCUGUGAUCUAGCUGCUAGGUGAUGUUCAUGUACCUUCAGGGCAGAGAGGGGGAAAAAAGUUUUAUUUUUGAAGAAAACCAAAGAAAUGGAUGCUGGGAAUUCUUCUCAUCAUUUUCUGUUAAUAGCUCUUUGCACAUCACUAGGUAUUCGUUGGAUUGAUUGUACAGGCUUUCAGAGAAUGAAAAUGUAUUUUAUUUCCAAGGUAGUUUGAUAAAAGAAAAUAGCAUUGAAAUACUGUAUCUCCUUUUAAUUCUAAAUUUGUAAUAACAAAAGAACCAGAAUAAAGCAGUUAUGUCUCUCAAA